AUGAUGUACUUAGACGGAUCUACAACCAAAAAUCGAACGUCCGCCGUCCAAGCUCAUUCCUCAACUAACUCAAUCAAGAGCAAGCAUACAAGCAAGCAAGCAACCCCAACAGAAACAUCCGAAAGCAUGAGUCAAGUGCUGCAGCACUCGAGCGUCUUCACAUUUGUGAAGGGCGAAAGCAAGGGCGAUGGCAGCAUGAAGUCGCUGCUGGGUGGCAAGGGUGCCAACCUGUGCCAGAUGGCGCGCAACGGCGUGAACGUGCCGCCCGGACUGACCAUCACGACGGAGGUGUGCCAAGAAUUCUACGCAGUGGGCGGACGCCUGCCAAACGGCCUGAUGAACGAGGUGCACAAUGGCGUGCGUCUGAUGGAGAAGGCG